AUGAUAUACCGCUUCAAAACUGUGAAGAUUACCUUCACAAUAAUUAUCGUUCUAUCCGUCAUUGUGACAGCAUCUUUGCUCUCACCCCGAUUGGUAACUCGUCGGCAGCACAAAGAUUGUCUUUCCUUUGCACAAGCAGAAUAUUUUGGAGAUGAUUUGGUGUCCCCUAGAACAGUUCCUGCGGAAUUUCCUCUGGUGGAAAACUCUUGGCCCAGGACACCCGCCAAUCAAUCAUAUUUCUACGAGUCCUGGAAUCGGCCCUUUACAACACGUUUCAAGGUGCUGAACGGUACUGUCUACAUUGACGCAAAGGCAGGCACCUAUUUCGGGCCGGAAUACGUGAACACCUUCGGGGAGAUGUUGGUUGUGGCAUCCUGGCUUUACCAGCUUCCGGAUAUGGACCUGGUUUAUAGUUCCGACGAUGUCCCCCAUAUUGAGUCUCAGACGGAGUUCCCAGUCAUAUCGACCUGUUUGGGAUUGAACGACAUAUUAUCAGACCAUGGCAGGUUCAGCAUGGGUUACACAGUGCCACACUUCCUGCAGUGGGCUAGGUAUUCAAUGUCUUCAAACCAACUGCUAGCCUUCAUGCAGUGCCUUGACGCCGAGUACCCAUGGGAAAGGAAGGAGGCAAAGGUGUUUUGGCGCGGUUCAUCCACGGGGCGUCUACGUGGGUGGGAUAGCCCAGCCUGGAAUACACACCACAACGUUUCCUGGACUCCUGAGGAAGCUCUGGCAAAUCUGGAUUUCGCGGAGAAGCUGGCACACAACAGGCGUAUUUCCGCUUCCCUCAUGAGCUUCAACUAUCCAUGGAUGGACGUUGGUAUUACACAUAUCCAUGACUACGACUUUCACAAUCCGGGCCGCCUUACUGAAGUUAAUUCACAGCUCGAGGUAUUCAACAAGCUGGUGGUGCGCCCUGGCUUACCACUGGAACAAUGGAACAAUUACUUAGUAAACUUACAUAUUCAUGGCCAUGGCUUCACGGAUCGUUUGCCCUUCAUGCUGCUCAGCAAUACCCCUCUACUGGCGGUAAAAUCGCAUAUUAAGGAGUGGUACCACAGCUUCUUCAAAGAAGGGGAACACUUUCUGACUGCCAGCGGAGACCUGCACGACCUCCUUUACGUCGCGAAGCAGAUGCUAGACAGGCUGCGAAAUGGAGACAAGGAACUUCGUCAUAUGGUUGCAAGGAGACAAGAAAUCAGCCGCCAGAAGUUUAAUACGAUAGCCAUACUGGAUGCAUUUGCCUGGGCCGUGACCCAGGCAUGGAGCUGGUGCAACUGGAAGCCAGACAUGCAGGAAGGCUUUGAGGUUUUCAAGGUCCCUAAACUCAAUAAUAAUUUGCCACCCUAUAUCUGGAAAACAAUAAAAAAAACACGACCUGAACAAUUUUAA